CUUUUUGUUUGAACACAAUAUAUAUAAGGUGCAGUCCGGUUAGAUUGACACUUUCAUGCGAAUAUGUGAGUGCAUAAGAGUGUCUCUAAUGCAAUAAUGUGUACGAUGCAUAUCAACCAUAAAAAUAAAAGACACCAUCAUUUUUUAUGAUUAAAAGAGAGAGAUGCUAAUAUAAAACAGAGAUGAGAUAUACGAAGAUUCACAAUGUCAUUCGUUAAAUCGUUGGAUAAACAGAUUAAGAGUUGUUGUUUCGGCAUUCACGAGCAAAGCGACCUUCCUAGCAACAAGAGAAGCAAACAACCACCGCCACACCCGCUACCUCCACCAUCGUGAUGAUCGCCGCCUCCACCUCUGCCGCUCUGUGUUCACUCUCCAGCAAUGUGACCAUCCUCACCGCUACAGUAGCAGCCCCUGCCGCCGCCACCACCACGAGAUUGCCCCACCACCAACAGACUGCCCAGUUAUGCCAGGGAACUAGGGGAACAAUUAAUAAUAAUCAUAAGAAACAAUGGCUGGAUAUCACCUGUACACUUUGGAAAGACAAAUAUAUGACUCUUUUAGAAUUGGACAAAAAAGUGUUUAAACCCCAAUUCCCAAAUUCAACUAUCUACCGUCUUCCUCUUCACACCUGCAUCUCCCGAUGCUCUCCUUUAGAUCUGCACGCGCUCCAAGAGACAAGAGACCUACCUUCGCUCUAGGUCAUUCGCCUUCGCCGGUGGCUUGCAGCGUCGCAUCAACACACCAUUCGCCUCCGCCGCCGCACAGCGGUCACCUCCACCACUUGCUCCGAUAUGGCCGCUUCAGGCGCACGACAUGCGCGCUUCAGGCGCACGGAGUGUGCACCUCAAUUGGAGAUGAAAAGAGGACUGGCGGAGGAAGGAUAUAUAAGUGUUGAGGAAGAGGCAAUUGGAGGAGAUGAAACUUGGAGAGGAACAUCGGGGAGACAUGUUACUUGUUUCAAAGCGUUCUUUUUCAACACACACGACGUGUGUGCCUUGUGUGCACAAUUGUGCAUGACCUUGAGAGAGCAUGGUUUUUUAUUUUAAAUUAAGCGCGCACGGCACACGCGCUUAAUUUUAGCAGCAUGCAUGUUAUUUUAAUUACUUUAAGAAAGGAUGGACGAGACCAAGAUAUUCCAUAUUUCAAUUGAGAGACUUAAAUGAGAUGGAGAAGUGGAAGUGUAUUAAUACAAGGUAG